AUGCCAAUUCAUUAUCCUGGUAUUAUCAAUUUAACUUUAGCACAUACGGUAAAACGAUCUAUAAAAACGUUUCAACUAUCUGUUGACAUCUUGCGCAUAGUUAGUGGCAUUCGUCUUCCCGUCAAGUGCUAUUUAAUUGAUGGUCUUUAUGUUGGUUCAUGCCGUUAUACUGGUGAUCAAUUGUGCACAUUGAUCGGUAGUUGGUGGCCAAAAACGUUCGGAUUGUAUUUAACUUCACUCGUUGCGACUAUUCUUGGAAAUAGUUGUAAUGGUUCUUUACGUGAUGUGCCAAUAAAUCAAAUUGUAGCCUAUAAGGAAGUGCUCGAAUUGCCGAAUCUUUCUGGAAAUAUUCUAUCGCUUUUUACGUCUGGCGAUUUUGAGGUUAAAAUAAUGGCAAUGGAACAAGACACAAAUGUUUUCUGUGGAACAUUCAAAUACACAAUAAAGCCACGAAAAAAUGUUUAA